AUGUCUGAAGUCAAGCGAAAUUUCAUUUGCGGCUUCGUGCCUCCUUACGUUCUCGAGGCCAUAGCCGGCUCUGCGUCCGUUCCAGAAGAGUCUCGUAUCGCCUGCCGGUACACAUUGACGCAUGCUUCAACUUAUGCUGAUCAACGUCAUGAGUUGUGUACUCAUGCUCAUGCCCCCGCCCAAGCCCAGCAAACAGAGCAGCAAACUCUGAAGCCGGCAGGCGGUGAGCUUGUGGCGGUGCAAAGAAAGAUCUACGACUGCAAACAAACCGCAAACCGUCCCGGAACGCUUGCGAGAUCUGAGGGACAAGUGCGUGGUAAGGACCGCCAAGUCAACAACUGCUACGAUGGAUUCAAAAUCACCCACGAUUUUUUCUACAAGGCUUUUGGCCGCAAGUCCCUUGAUAAUCAAGGGAUGCCCCUCGUUGCUAGCGUCCACUUCAACCCGGCCAGCGAACCGAACGGGUACAACAACGCCUUCUGGGACGGCAACAAGAACCAGAUGGUUUUCGGCGACGGCGACCACAUCGCCUUUGACUAUCUCACCGACUCGCUGGACGUGAUUGCUCACGAGCUGAGCCACGGUUUUGUCCAAUACUCCUCGCCGCUUAUGUACUAUUGGCAAUCUGGAGCCUUGAACGAGUCCUGCGCUGACAUCUUCGGCUCUAUGGUCGAGCAGUGGCAUAUGCGUCAGACUGCCGAUGAAGCGGAUUGGAUCCUUGGGCAGACGCUGUUCCCGGUGUCGUUCACGGGCGCUGCGUUGCGAUCCCUCAAGGCCGGCAAGGCAUAUACCAACGACCCCGUCCUCGGCACUGACCCACAGCCAAAGCACAUGCGCGAUAUCUAUACCGAAGAUAGAGACCUGAAAGGUGUCCAUAUUAACUCGGGGAUUCCAAACCAUGCAUUCUAUCUGGCUGCAAAGCGUCUUGGGGGUUAUUCCUGGGAAAAGGCUGGGAAGGUGUGGUACAAGACAAUGCUCUCUGGCAGGAUACCGUGGGAAUGCAAAUUUGCAGAAUUCGCCGCAGUCACGGUUGAGGUUGCUGAGCAAGAAUUUCCCAAUGACGCAUCCGUGAAGGAUGCGAUCCGUGAUGCGUGGGACAAGGUCGGAGUUGUUAUCGGCAGUGCGACUGCGAGUCUUUAA